CUGUUUCUGUCUCAUUAGAUAUGUCUGCCGCUCCCUUCCCAGCUCUGCACUUGUCAUAGCUUAAAAUAGAUGUUUACCAAGCGGUUUCUAAGUGCAGGCGAGGCGGGCGGCAGGAGAGGGAUUAUAAUUAAGCCACACGAAAACAGGCUGCGUGUUAACCCCACAUGCCGGUGCGCACUGUGAGCCUCCAUUACAGAAAGAGACCAUCAUGACUUCGAGAUAUUAUCGCAACUCAUUGCUUAGGGGACCAUUACAACGAGCUAGCCAUCCAAUAUUAAAUGUGUAUGAACUGGAAAAGAUUCUGUAUACUGGGAAAACUAUACGGAACCAUGCGGAUGAAGUGUGGCCAGGACUCUUUUUGGGAGAUCAGGAGAUGGCGGCCAAUAAAGGUGAACUACAUCGGAUACGUAUCACUCACAUCCUGAACGCUACACACAGUCGCUUCAGAGGAGGAGAGGAGUACUACAAAGGAAUGCACAUUUUGUACAUGGGAAUAGAUGCUCAGGACUGCCCCACGUUUGAUAUGAGUGUACAUUUCUAUCCAGCAGCAGAUUUCAUUCACCGGGCCCUAAGAGGAAGAGGCAAAAUCUUGGUCCAUUGUGCAGUAGGGGUGAGCAGAUCGGCAACGUUGGUGCUUGCAUAUCUCAUGAUUUACCACCACAUGACUUUGGUUGAAGCAAUUAACACAGUAAAGGAUCGAAGGGGAAUCAUCCCUAAUCGUGGAUUUCUUCGUCAGUUACUGGAUCUGGACAAAAAUUUGAGGGGGAAAUGCUAAUGCAUAGCUAUGUACCUCAUCCAACCAGGAAACAAUUGGCCUUCUUUACAGACAAUCUUAGUAUAUAUUCCGGGACUAUACAGCUUGUUAUGGGUUUCUUCAUGGUAUAUGAUGGGUAUAUCCUUACCUUGGGUGGUUUUUCCAUAUGCAAAUUGGUUUUUAUAGGGUUAUUACUUGAAAAUAAAGCAGACCUUACAGCACUUAUAUUAGUA